GGUCACCCUAUUUCCCUAUAAAUUCCCAACUUCACUUUUACGUUUUCCCCCUUCCCUCCUGGAUUUAUUUCGUACACCUUUGCAUAUUUUCAAAAAUUGGUAAUGCUCUGUGCCAAUGCAUGAUUCGUUUCUCUCUAGACCCCUUACGCCGGAAUCACCAAUGGCCAGUAGCCUCAACCAUGCAACAAGCACCAUCGAUGACUUGACGAUUGCUCUUGCCAAUUUCUCUCGUGUUCCAUCCCCGGAGCCGUCUGUGCUGUCGUGCUGUUGUGGACGCGACGAUUGCGAGAAUGCGAACGCGUGGUUCUCAAUGAAGUCGAAGUUGGAAAGUCGACUGAUACUCAGUGCUGAGGUUGGGCAGGCGUUAUUACAGCGUCACGAAGCGUAUGUGCGUCGGCAAGGAGGAAGCGAAACGUUCGAGCUUGAUGAUAGAGAAGAGUGGGAAUCGAGACUUAGAGAGCUGGCGAGAGGAAAAGACGCAUUGGAAAAGCGUCUCACUCAAGCUCUUGUGGAUAGCGAAAUUACCGAAGUAUCAAACAAGACACUUAUCCAGGAGCUGCAAGAGGCCAGGACCGCUCUUUCUCGACUUACGGCGCAUCAUGCUCGCUCAGUGGGAUGGGAGACGCGGUUAUCCUCCGUCAUAAAAGAGAAAGACGACCUGCAACAAGAACGAGAAUUCGAAUCACAGCGUGCUAGGCUGGCUGAGUCUCGUGUCGCCGUACUAAAGGAGAAGAAUUUGAAACUACAAGCUGACGUCCGUCAGUUGCAAGAUGGCCUACAGGAGAAGAGAUUAAAUCGCCUAGAGUCGUCAGAGUUCAUCCUACAGGAGGCUCGCUCUCAACUUGAAGUACUGCAAAGAACGUUCAGUCACUCAAGCUUCUCAGAUCAAACGGAGUUCACCAAAGUUCUUGAAUCGCUUGUGGAUAAUAAUGAGUCCUUGAAGCGAGACAAUGUGGAGCUCCAGCAUAUUCUUUCCGAGUCCCGGGAAGAGAUUCACGCGUUGCAAGAGGAAGUCGAGGAGUAUCGUGCCAACCCAACUCCUCAUUCUAGUGCCGGAACGCCUCGGACACCUACGUUUAGACAUCAUUUCCACUCGGGGAGUAUGCCAUCAUCCAUACUCAGAGAACAAAUGUCUUCAAGACGAACGUCCAGUCUGGAGAGGAAAGCCCGUCGACCACAUCUAAAUGAAGACCCCUUGACCCCGGAAUCUCAUGUGCGGCCUUUAUCACCUGCCACCGAUUCUACGACAGCCAACUCUGAAAGAUGGGCGUCGUUCGGCCAGCCGCAAGUGCGGUACGCAACGACGCCCUAUCAGAUCGAAAUCAUCGACGAUACCGAGCUUGAACCAUCUUCUCCUGAAAGGAGAAAGGUUUACAAGCCUCUUCUACUUCUUAGUCGAUCUCGCGGAGUUCAAACAGAUCCGUGGCUAACACCGGGGCUAUUGGCAGCAUCAUCAUUGGCGUCUCAAGGCAGCUCUUCGUCUCCACUGAAUCCUCGUUCUGAGUCAUCCUCGUCCUCGUUCUCUGAAUCGUCUUCCUAUAUGGGACAGUUGAUCGAACGUGCUUCAACACUUGUAAACCGGAUGACUCAAGCAGACGCGUUAACUUUAACUAAUCGGUUGAAACGGCAAAAUCUUCGCGGUGCUGAUGUGAGCCAUCUUUCACGUAGCACUGUCAAAAACAUCGUUUCAGAAGCAUCAACGUUGCGGCUCCAGUUUAGGGCGCUGUUGGAAGAUGAAAGGAUACUCGCGACGUGCUCGCGCAAAGACCUUAGAUCCCUGUUCAACUUGCUCCGAGAUAUCUUUGUCGAAAUGGGAGAAAUGCGUGUAACACUGAACGAAGUCGUUCUUGAUCCCUCCAUAGCCCCGAAAGUCAGCGAGUCCGUUCUAAAUCCAUCGAAAGAAGAGACUGAGGCCGAGAAAGAACGAGAAAAGGACGGUAAUGGCGGUGGAGGAUGGAUGGCACCUAUCUCUAAGCUCUUUGGUUCUUCGAGCAAUCGUCCUGAGAAUGGUAUAAUCCCCUCGUCCUUUGGUCGGUCGAACGGCGGAAGGAUUCCAACCCGGCCACCACGGUUUGUGCCCAAGCUAGGCCCUGCGUUGUCAGCUUCUGCCACGACUGUCAACGUAGAGUUCUCAGGAGCAGGAGUGGGAAGGGCUGUGACCAGCACUCUUUCGCCGCAGCCCUUGCGUUCAGAUACUAUCGCCCAAACCACUUCCUCCGCGGCAGCCCAAGGGGUGAUGGGUAUAUUCGCAGGCGCACCUCGUACCACGACACCAGAACCAUGGGUCGUGUUGCCGAGAGGACCACGUCGGGUACAAUCUACAUUAGGACCGGCUGCUCGUACAAGUACGUCUAACCGUCUUUCACGCAACCUGGACGCGAUCAUCGACACGGGGACUUUGCGCCGGACAGAUGAUUCUGAGGAACCCGACUGUCUUGGACCACUCCUUGGUCACAGCCUACACCGUCGAGGGCUAUCCGACUCUUCUAUCCAUUCAACGUUUAUUGCCGAGGAAAACCGUUCCUCUCAAGUCCCCGAAGACUACCCCCAAGAAUCAGGCUGGCCUGACAGAAGCUCUGUGCUUCAAGCACUCAGUAGGAAGGUACAGAAUUUUAGGAUGGCCACGGCGCCUUCGACCUCUUCAUCGUCGAGUAUUUCUUCUCGGCCGUCUGCGAACAACAGUCUAAAGCGAGAUACAAACUCCAAGGGAAAGACAUUGUCUUCCCAGGGCUUUGGGGUCCUGAUGCCCGGACUUUCUACGUGGGCAUCUGGUGGCCUCGACCCCGCAAUUACAACCUCUCAGUCCUAUUUGGUUGGCAGCCCGAGGGAUGGAUCGUCGCUCCUGGAACGGCCGCUUAGAGAGGAGCGGACAUUUGGUCGUCGUCUCUAUUGAAGAGAACACCCAACGUAUACCCUGUAGUAAGUAUGUUGUAAAGCUGGGAGUCUUGGAUACUUGUAAUUAUUAUUUUUUUCUAUUGUAAUUAUUUAAUCGGGAUCUCUAGAAGCCAUUUGUGAUGGGACAUCAACCCUCUUUUUAAGCG